GAUUUUAAGAUUAAGGGCACCAAUUUGGCAAAUUUCUGCGGAGGGGCAGCUGUAAUUUUCUUUUGAAUGCCUUAUAAUACUUUAUUUGGAUUCAGUGAUUCACCAACCCGGAACCCGGAACCCGGAAUGGAAUGCCGUUCCUCCGGAUUUGGACUUUUCUCCAACUGUGCUGGCAACAGCCAAAAGUGAUGAAGAAAAAGUGCUUCCUCUGGGACCUACCUUCUCUUCCCUUCCUUUUCUGGAUGAAGCCGACAGUGAGCGAUGCGAGACCUCACCUGUCAGAGACACAGAGAGAGAGAGAGUCUUUCUCUUACGUGGGCUAAUCACAAAUGAUUUCAACUGAUGAGUCUGAGUCUUUCUUUCAGUGCUUUGUUGCGUUCACCUCUUUCAGGCCUCUUGUAUCGUAAGCUGUAACAUUAUUUACACGCCCAAUCAAAUACAAUCGUAAUCCGGAUAAUACCCUAAUCCAAACAUUUUCUCCCAAUCUUAUCUCGCCAUCUGUGUCCUCCUACAUCUUUCUUAUAAAAAAAGGACCACUCUACCAAUGUCUAGAUUCUACUCCCUUUUUACGCUUUUCUCUCUCUCUCUCUCUCUCUCUCAGUCUCUCGUCUCGUCGACGGACGAACGACGAGGCUUACAGAGACAGAAGGAGAGGAUGUGCAAGUCCAACAACAAAAAUAUCCAAUUCCACUCUAAAAAUAGCACUAAAAUCGCUCUCUUCCAAACUCCAGCUAGGAAAACCAGAACCAAGAUUAGAAAACCUAAGUUUCUCAGUCUCCAGCGUGAGCUUUCGCCAGAAUCAAGAGAAAUGAACCACCACCCUACGGCCAACAACCCCACAACCACCCCACACCCUCAACUAAACCUGUUUCCAUUACACCCGGAAAACCUCUUUGAGGAGAAAGACAUCCCAGAACACAACGUGGAUUACUUCUUCCACGACGACGACGGUGGUGGGGCGACCUUGAACGGUCUCCUUGGCGGAGGUUCCAGUGAUGGGAGUGUGAUCAUGAUGUCCUCGGAGUUGGAGGAGGACUCCUUCUUGUCCCCGUCGUCCCUGUCCUACGCCUACGGGACACAGGAUAGCGAUGAGGGGGCAAGUUCUUCGCUUGCUCGUACGGCUUUGAGGCAUCAUCAUCAUCAUCAUCAUCAUAAUCAGGAGAGGGAUGCCAGCGAGGAGAGGUGGGUAUUCUACUCGGAGGUGGUGGAGAAGAAGGAAGAAGAAGUUAGUAGCUCUGUGGUCACCGCCACCGGCGCCGCAACCGCGUUUCAGACGACUCAGGGCGGGCUGUCGUUGAAGCUGGAUUAUGAGCAGAUCUUGAACGCUUGGUCCGACAGGAGUCCAUUUUACAUCGACGGGGAGUGUCCGCAGACCGUUCCCGACAUCACGGACAACGCGUCGUUGGAUUUUGGAUGUUCGGGAGACGGACGGCAAUGGAGAGUUCCCGAUGACGGUAGCGGUGGGGCCAAAGAGAUGAGCGAGGCAGUGUCAAAGAUAAAACAGAGAGAGGCCAGGGUACUGAGGUACAGGGAAAAGAGACAAAGCAGGCUCUUCUCCAAGAAGAUCAGAUACGAAGUGCGGAAGCUCAACGCUGAGAUCCGCCCUCGGCUGAAGGGCCGAUUUGUGAAGAGAAACUAAAGAAUUGAAGUUGUAGAUGAUUGGGAUGAGAUUGAUAAUAAAAGAGAGCAAGAGCAAGAGCAUGCUUCAACGAUCUUCAACUGUAAAUAAUGAAUGCAUUUUAAUUUGGGUAAUGGGGCCUGGUUGGUUUAAAUGCCAAUAAAAAAGGUUGCAUUGUCAACAGACGGCCGGGUUAGUAUAGACUGUGGCCGAGGAUGGUCAUGGUGGGUGAGAGAAACAUAGCAUCUGCAUCUGCAUCUGACAUUGAAUAAAUAAAUAAUGUUUAUGUGUCCCCUCCCCUCCUGUCCAUACUUAUCUGAGCCCAAAUCCGCAGGUUGUCUAAGCCCGAUAAAAAAUGGGUGGACCACGCAAGCCCGUUGGGCUGUUAAAUAGCCCAUGAAUAGAUAUAAUUUGGAUGUUAAGCUAAUUUUACUGAUCGACUACUAGAAUUGACUAUGAAAUGAAAUGUUAUGUUAAAAAAAAAAGACAGAGAGAGAGAGAGAGAGAGUAUCUUGCUGUGCUAGAUCUUCCAAGUGAAUGAAGGAUAUCUCUGCUCCGUUGGGAGUUUUCAUUCACGUGGCUGUGCUUCUUCUUUUUUGGUGAACAUGUACUUGUCUAUUGGCUCAGUUUAGAUUUUUUUUUUUCGAAAAUGGCUCAGUUUGGAAUGAGUAUGUACAGUACAAAUACAUACAAAAUAUAAGAUUUGGCACUGUAAUAGUUGUAUUUGCACUUUUUAUUAAUUGCAUUUUGGAAGGAGUUCGCUGCUGUCUAGCUUUAAAUCAGGAUUUCCUAUUCAUACUUCCUGAAAAUCAAAUGGACUUGUACAAACCUGUGCCAUCUUCAGUUCUAGUUCACUCAAACUUGUGUACAAAAUAAGU